UAGUUUUUAUAGUUAUUUACAUUUGAACACUUCCAUUUUGUUCCCUCACUGUCCUCCGUAAUUCUGAAAUUGUUUUAAAUUAGUGCCUUUAAUUUGAAAAGUCUGACCGGAUCCUCUGUGCUGUUUUUGUAAACUUGGAUGCUGAACUUGGUUGGACUCUGAAACUUCUCCAUCAGGACCACAGGGAGGUUGGACCGUCUCCCGCACAGCUUCAUGGACUUUUGUCUCCUGCUUUAGUCUCAGCAGAUGAGGGACAGCAGCGGCUCGGCGGAACCAUGAGGCUUCUCUGCUGCGUUUUUCUGCUCUUUCUGCACAGCGCGGACCUCCGUCAUGUCCUCACAACUGCAAACUUCCAGGCGGAGGAUGCUGCGGGUUUGACUGCGGGGACAGAGGAGAGGACCGGGCCGAACCGGACGGAAACUUUCAGCCUGAACCGGGUCACUCGAGGAGCCAAAGAUGGGAGUCUCAGGAGAAAAGACCCCGUUUCCCAGAACAGUCCUCCCCACAGACACGACGACCCGAGCGGCUUCUUCACCACGCCGCGGACGCACCGCCACUCCUCCGCCCCGCGGGCCAACUCCUCCGUGGGGCUCCUGAAUCCGCUGCUCCCGGUCACGGAUGCCUCCUACUGGGCGUACGCGGUGCUGCUGCUCGCGCUCGUGCUGUUCGCGGCGGGUCUCGUGGGGAACCUCGCGCUCAUGUGCAUCGUGUGGCACAGCUUCUACCUGAAGAGCGCGUGGAACUGCAUCCUCGCGGGACUGGCCUUCUGGGACUUCCUCGUGCUCUUCUUCUGCCUGCCCGUGGUCAUCUUUCACGAGCUCACCUUGAAGCGGUUGCUAGGAGACCUGUCCUGUCGGCUCGUGCCCUACCUGGAGGUGACCUCUCUGGGCGUGGCGACCUUCAGCCUCUGCGCUCUGAGCAUCGAUCGUUUCCACGCCGCCACCUCGCCAUCCCCCCACCAGACGCCAAAGGUGGAGCCGUGCCGCUCCAUCCUGUCCAAGGUGGGUGUGAUCUGGGUUGGCUCCAUGGUGCUGGGGGCUCCAGAGCUGCUGCUGUGGCAGCUCGUCCAGCAGACCGUCAGCCUGCCGGCGCUGACCUCUGACCUGCCGCAGCACCAGCCAGCGGCCUCCCUCCUGGCCUCUCUAAGGACGGACAGGGUAAAGGUGGACGCCUGCAUCCGCGAGCCGUGGGCGGAGCUCCCGGAGAGCGUCUACGCGCUGGUUCUGACCUACCACCAGGCCCGCAUGUGGUGGAUCUUCGGCUGCUACCUGUGCCUGCCGCUGCUCUUCACUCUGGCCUGCGACCUGGUGACCAGGCGGGUUCUGGCCCAGCGGGAGCCGCAGAAACCCGGCACUGAGAAGGUGACCAGCAGGUGCUCUUCCUCCUCUUCCUCCUCCUCUUCCUCCUCGGGGAAGAAGAAGCAGCAAGUGAGGGAGCAGAGACUGCGUACCGCCGUGAUGGCGCUCACCGCCCUGUACGUCACCUGUAACCUGCCUCAGAGCGUGUGCAGCAUCACCCUGGCCUACGUGUCUGCCCCGGUUCUGGUUCUGCCGGCGCUGGCUCUGGUCGAACAGUUCCUGCUGUUCGUUCGCUGCUCGGCGACGCCGGUUCUGCUGCUGUGCCUCUGCCGCUCUCUGGGCCAGGCCUUCAUGGACUGCUGCUGCUGCUGCUGCGAAGAGUGCCUCCCUGACUCCUCCUCUUCCUCAUCCUCGGCCUCCACCGCCCCCACCCUCUCCUCACCCUCCUCACCCUCGCCUUCCUCCCUCGCCCCCUCUGGCAAAGAGGAGGCGAUGAAGAGCGUGGCGGCAGAAAAGGCUGUUUGUGAGGCAGUGAAAGACUCUGCUGCCGCCAUCGGGACGCCCUGCUGAGCCCAGAACACAAAACGAUCAUUUAAAGGGAUAGUUUGUGUUUUCUACAUUGAGGUUGUGUGAAGUAGUUAUGAAUAAUCAGCGUCUUACAUGCAGAAUUCAUUCCACAUGGCUAAAGGUAGCUGUGUUUCCAUUACAGCUGUGCGCACAUCUUUGUAUUCUGGGGUUGGGAUGUGAUGCGUUCAAUGACUUAGACUGCUUUCAUCACUUCAUUAUUAUCAUUUUCAGAUGUUGUUUAUGGCUAGAUUUACUGUCUGGCUUCUUCGGCUGGAGAAUUAAGUCGGAUAAAAUGCAACAUGACCGUUCGGACUGCAGACGCUCUAAAAUCUAUAGGAUAUGAUUUUGUUCCACAUAUGAAAGAUUUAUUUAGGGUGAAAAGAUCAGAAUUGGGUCAUUCAGACUGCUGUGAAAAAGUUGGAUAUGGGUACCCCCCCACGCCACUCCCCAAAAAAACCAAUUAUCCUUGGGUUGCGCUCACCCAAGGCAGCCAUGGUGACUGAGGCACAAACUGGGAUUGCUAUGAAAGUUAACCACUGCAGAGAAGAUACUGACUGCUUGGAACUGCACCACACAACCCUUUUUUUUUUUUGAAUGAUCCUUUUUGAGAUGAUGAAUUAUUGGGUUUUAUUUUGACAUUUACAAAUAGUAAAAAUCUGAUAUGUAAGAAAAGAGCUAAGUAUUUUUCAAUUUGGAUUUGAGACACACUUGAACUUUUCAGCCAGAAACCCUGUGCAGCUUCCUCUGUUGUUUAUUUUUUCCAUCUUUUCCUUUGAUCCAGAAGAAUGAAAGAUAAUAAAAACUUUUCUCUGAUUUCCUUUUAUUUAUUCUGGAAUUACGGACAAAAUAAAACCCAAGAAAUAAUUUUAUGUAAUAGUAUUUUCAGGAGGUUCUGUAGAGCAGACAAUUAUGUCACUUUUGUUAGAAAAUUACAGAUUUUAGAAGAAUUUCUUUGUAAAUGUUUGUAGAUAAAUAUUCUUACCAUUUUCCAGUUUCAUAUUUUCCUUUUUUACUAAUAUUUGUUCAGGAUUUCUGUCCGUCCUGUUCUCAGUACUGUACGACAUGGAAACUAAUUAUACUUUGCUAAAAUGAGGCUAAAUUCAGUUAUUCUGAAUUAUGGCUGUUUAUUUUACAGCAUGUUUUUGCUGACCAUUUUUUUACAUUUUGUUUCAAUAAAAUGUGACUUUUC